AUGUUCGACUUUAACAUCAUCAGUCAUGCAAGCCAAUUGUGGUCUUGUACAAUUGCGUCUCUUCGUCGAGGCACAUACAAAAAUAGCUGUUUUCGAAGCCAUAGAUUUUUGUCCAGUGGAAAAAAGGUGGAAAAGCAACCAUACGAGACAGAAAAUAUUAUUAGUGCUGAAGCUGCUAUUGUAAAAGAUUGCAAAAUACCUCUAGAAGCACGAAAAGUAGAAGCAAAGCCAAGACUCCAGACUGUUCGGGUAUAUCGUUGGAACCCAGAAAAACCUAAUGUAAAACCAUACAUGCAACAAUUCAGUGUGGAUUUAAAUAAAUGUGGUACAAUGGUAUUAGAUGUAUUGGCAUUAAUAAAGGCAGAACACGAUCCCACGUUAUCCUACCGAAAAUCCUGCCGUGAAGGAAUUUGUGGAAGUUGUUCGAUGAAUAUAAAUGGUGUCAAUACCUUGGCUUGCAUCACAAAAGUAAAGCAAUCAUCGAAGCCUAUAGUCGUGUAUCCUUUACCACAUUCAUACGUAAUUAGAGACUUAGUAACGGACAUGGAGCAAUUCUUGAAACAAUAUCAGACUAUUGAACCGUUUUUAAAACGAACUGGAGAAGAUAAUUUUCUCGGUUUAAGACAAAUUCUACAAAGUCCAAAAGAUAGAGAAAAACUUAAUGGCUUAUAUGAAUGUAUUCUUUGUGGAUGCUGUACUUUCGCCUGUCCACCGUAUUGGUGGCUUGGUGAUAAGUUUUUAGGUCCUGCAACGCUUUUGCAGGCUUAUCGGUGGAUUAUAGAUUCACGUGACAUGGGACAUAAAGAAAGACUAAGUAAAUUACGUGACUUUUAUUCGGUAUAUCGAUGUCACACUAUUUUCAAUUGCACAAAAACUUGUCCCAAGGGUUUAAAUCCUGGAAAGGCAAUAGCUCAAAUAAAAAGAUUGUUAGCCGGACUUACUAAAAAAGAAAGACCCGACAUGGAGACUCCACUUCCAAAUCCAUGUCAUGGCGAAGAAGAAUAUCCAUGUAGAGAGGAAUAA